CCACCUUGAGAAAAACAUCCUCUCCUGUUUUUUUACCUUCUGUUCACGGUCACGAGGAGCAGACUCGAAAGUUAGACGUCUGGCAGUCGUCAACUGGUGAGGAGUGCUCGGUGUCUCCUGUGUACGUGUGUGUGUGUCACCAUGGCUACCAGGGCUAUAGUCACUGUCAUCUUGAUUGUCUGCUUUGUCGCCAUCAUCGACGGCCAACAAGGUGGCCGCCGUAACCAAGGAAACGAUGUUACGACCGAUGCUUCUGUGGGUCAAGGACGAGGUCAAGGACGAGGUCGAGGACGAGAACCGGGUGAAAGAAGGUGGGAUCGACAUGGACGAGGACCGGAGGUUCCAGGUAACCAAACCGAAGGUAACGAGACGACAACCCAAAAGCCAGUCAGGGGUCGAGAUCGCUUUCAGUGGCGAGACGGGAGGCGUAACAGACCGUUCCAGUUGUUUGCUGACGUGUCCACGUGGAACCGCACCUUCAACGGGUCGGAGUACGUCGAGAAAGGCUUCGCCAUCGACAACAGAAGUAUUGUGGAGGUCUUCACUGGUGACCCCAAUCUGAACGACCAGACGCCCUUCACCCCGUCCAUUACCUUGUACGACUUCAGCAACGAGACUCAGGUCGUGGCCAUCAAACCUAUGAGGCUGUUAUAUUUAUGCAUCAUCGUGGACCCUGAAGCCUUACCUCCCCUGACCUUUCAGGAAGCGGCGGACAUCGUCAACAGCAGGAACGACACAGUGGUGGGGGACCUUGCAGGACCAGUCGUGCUGAACAUCACCGAGGGACUGAUAGAGGGCGCUGAGCGCGGGGCUCUGUUCAGGAACAACAGCAUGCUGCGGAGGUUCUGCGGUAGACGGCGCAUCGUCCACGCCGUUCUCUCCACUUCCGGUGAACCGAGUGACUCACCAUCAGUGUACUUCAUCACACUUGAUACCGGAGUCAAGGUGCAGCUACCCCCGAGAAGGAGGAGGAUGCGACAUCCCGAUGAGGAGACCACCACCUCCACUAUCAUGCAUCCCGAUGAGGAGACCACCACCUCCACUAUCAUGGCCGACCUCAACAUCACGACUACCGCCAACAACACCCAGGGUUAAACCAACAAAGCAACCGUUAGACUUAAGCUCCUAUUAGACCCUCACCUCUAUCAUGUCAUUGUCUACUUCGUGAAAAACACACUGGACGAGACCUGAGAGUUCUAGUAAAUCGCAAUGCUUAUAAAAAAGACAAACAGCAUCUUAAUAAAAUGAAAACUGAUCACAGGGAGGAAUUAUUGUGAUGAAUUCAAGGAUGCAACGAAAGACUUGUUGAAGCUUUAGCUCUGGCUUGUCCAAUAUCCCAGAAUGUACAUUACCUUUGUACUAAGUUCUUAUUGAUAAGUAAUGGAAACAGAUUAGCUUGAGAACGGUGUAAUAACUGUGUCUUUUAGAAACAAAUAUUUUCUGGAGCUGGGUGUACGGGUCGGUGGGAAUGAAGGAUAAAGGAACCCGUCAUUGUUUAUAUUAUCUUGUCAUGUCUCAACUUUACCUCAUAAUUUUGUUUGUAACUGUUUUAGCACAUUUAUAGCUGAAUGUUCAGUUCACAUUAUCGUAAUCAAUUAUAAAGAUUUGUGUACAAUUU